UGUAAUCAAGCCUCUGGAAGAGUGUCCGUGAGGAUUUGAUUGAACUUGUCGUGUUGGAAAAGUAAAACUCGUUUUCGUGAAGUAAGAACGGUUCUGGUACAAAAUAAUGGUUUUCUGCGAAUACCGUUGUUGCUGAAUGGAUUGUUUGAACUGUAAUUAUUAUUGUUUGUCGACAAGCCCGGCCUGAUGAUGACAGUGAAAUCCUCCAGGUGGUUUUUAAUCGUCUUAACGUAUUGGGUUUUAGUAGAAAGAGGAAGAAGCCAACAGCAGUAUUUCAGGACACGACCUGAAGACACGUCUGUUACUGAAGGGCAGACAGCUGAAUUAAGAUGUGAGGUUGAACAUCAAGCAGGCUCAGUCCAGUGGAGUAAAGAUGGAUUUGUACUAGGUUUUGAUAGAUCAAUCCCUGGAUACGCCCGAUAUUCGAUGAUUGGAAACCCUAAAGAUGGUGUUCAUACGUUGAGAAUAGAAAAAAUUAUACUAGACGAUGAUGCAGAAUACCAGUGCCAGGUUGGACCUACAGUAGACAACCCUGCAAUACGAGCCAAGGCGCACUUGACAGUGUUGUUACCGCCAACAUCGAUUGCAAUUGAAGGUUAUAAGAAUGGGAGCACUAAAGAGGUCAGUCUAGAUGACACUGUUAGUCUAGACUGUACAGUAGCUGGAGGAAAGCCUGCUCCUCAGAUCAUCUGGUACAGAGAAAACAGGAAACUCAGGCAAGCUGACAUAGUUUCUUCAGACGAGAAAACUGAAGACGAAAGAACAACUGUUGUUAGUUCUUCGAAGUUCCAACCAACACCUGAAGACAACGAAGUCGUGUAUACAUGUGAGGCGAGUCAUGCUGCUCUGGAUAAGCCUCUCCGGUCAUCUGUCAAGCUCAGUGUUCUGUAUCCCCCGGGAGAACCUGUGAUCGAUGGUUAUUUGAAGGGAGAUACUGUCAGGGCAGGUGAUCCUUUAACCCUAAUUUGUCUCUCACGUGGAGGAAAUCCUUUAGCUGAACUUGUGUGGUACAAGAACGAUGUCAAGGUGGACUUUUCCUACACAACAAGUGGGCAACGGUCAACUAACAAGCACACUUUUGUUGUAGACCAUUCUGACAACAACGCCAUCUACAGAUGUGAAGCUUCUAGCAUUGUGGUACCAGUCCCGUUGAAAGCGGAAAUCAAGCUGCGUGUACAAUUCAGCCCUGCUAAGGUGAUUGUGAGUGGCCCUCGAGAAGCUAAGGCCGGUGACACCGUUACGAUACAAUGUACCACCGAAAGAAGCAGCCCUGCCGCCGAACUUUCAUGGGUGGUUAAUGGUAGGCCACUGACCUCAGAAAACAUACUGACCCCUCAUCCCGACGGAGGGUGGGUGACGUCAUCUAAUGUUACCGUUACUAUUACAGCACAGGAUCGCUACUCCAAACGCUUUUCCUGCUACUCGGUGAACAAAGCUCUAGGAGAUACAGUUGUCGAGUCGCACGUGCUGAGUGUUUUGUAUCCUCCGGAUCCUCCGAGCAUCUUCGGGUACACAGAAGGGAAUUCGAUCCGUGCAGGAGAACGUCUUCGGCUAUCUUGUGUGUCAAACGGAGGCAACCCCCCUCCGGAUUUGACGUGGUUUAAAGAAGAUCAGAAGGUUGAAUCAAGCACGUCAACCGCUGGCAACGUUUCCUCUGCAGAGGUUUCCAUAGUAACAGAAGAGAGCGAUAACGGCGCUGAGUAUCGUUGUGAGGCCACGAACGCUGCAACUUCUAAGCCACUUUAUGCUACUACUAAAUUGACUGUCCACUUUCCUCCUGGUGGUGUGACAAUUCGAGUGAAACCAGAAAACCCGAAAGCUGGAGAUUCGGUGACACUAAUAUGCGAGUCUGGAAGUAGCAACCCUGCCUCCAUCGUCACAUGGUGGCGAGAUGGUUUCAUGAUUCCAGGAACGACGGACGCUAUCUUGGAUGCUCCUCAUGGCGGCAAGUCUGUACGGAAUGUUCUAGAAGUAAACGUAUCAUCAGAAGAUGACAAGACAGUCUAUAAAUGUCAAGCUGCUCACGAAGUUCUAAAGCAAAACGUGCAUAAUGCAGUCACUCUUAGGGUGUUUUACAAGCCUAAGUUCUUUACGCUGCCAUUGGAAACUGUAGACGUAGUGGAAGGAGACUCAGUAGUCAUCAAUUUAACAGUCAAAGCUAAUCCCGAGGCAGUGGUGUACACAUGGGAUAAAGAUGGACUCCCUCUGCCAGAAGAAUCUGCUGGAAGAAUCUCAGCCUCGGGAUCUGUCCUCAAUGUCACCGAGGCUAGUAGAGCCGAUAGGGGGCGGUACAGAUGUGAAGCCAAGAAUGAUUUCGGGGCGACAGAGACAGUAGUUAUUCUGAACGUACUGUACACUGCCACUAUUGUGAAGGUCACAGAACUAGCGUUGGUCGAACCGGCGAGCAACGCCUAUCUUCAAUGUAUUGUGGACGCUAAUCCCAUCACCUCAGAUAUCAUCACUUGGCGAAGUGAAGCAUUUGACAUGAAUCGGACAUACCAUUCAUUGGACAACGACCGGUCGUUUCUGACCGUCUACAACGUCAGUAAAGAGGACUCUGGGAUCUUUGAGUGUGUUGCUAACAACUCCAUUGGGGACGAGGCUAUAGGAGUGGCCAACCUUGUGGUUAAACAUAAGCCUACCAUCCACCGAUCUCAACAUCUUUUAAAAGCAGCUAGUGAAAAAGGACAAACGGCAAAGUUGGUGUGUCGCGCAGAGGGCGCUCCGAAUGUGACCUUCACUUGGUCACGAGGUGGAUCUACCAUCAUCGAAACGGAGGAGCACGAAAUGGAUACGUACAUGUUGGGUCUGACGAGCUGGGAAAGUGUCUUAUUGCUGCAUCACGUUGAAAACAGCGAUUAUGGAUUGUACGAAUGUGUGGCUAGGAACGAGCUGGGGUUUGACACUGUCAAAAUUAAGUUAGAUUUAACAAGUCACCCAGACCCACCAGUGGCUCUGAAGGUGGUAAACUUCACAAGUGACUCAGUUCUAUUAAGGUGGGUACCGGCGUUUGACGGAGGGUUAAUCCAGUCUUUCCGAAUCCGCUACAAGCCCACAGAGUCCCUUGCCUAUCAGUACACGGACAUCUUCCCUCCCAACUCCACGACCCACGUUGUAAGUGGAUUAAGUCCAUCCACAGAGUAUAUGUUUAGCGUCCAGUCUUUCAAUGACCUCGGCUUCAGUGACUUUAUGGAUGACAUAGUGAAAGUCGUCACAGCGCAUGAGAUUCCAGGCGAGAAAACCCAGCAAGGAACGGCGGGAUCUCUGGAGAGAAAGGCUGAUCUCCCCCGCAUUAUCGUGAUCUCAGUGUCGGUUGUGGGAACGAUUCUCUUGGUGUUCAAUAUUGUUCUAGUAAUCUGUUUUGUCCGUCGAAGAAGGAAGAAGAGGCUGGGGGAAGGGAGUGAGAAGUCCAGCAGUAAAACCGCUACAAUCGAGAUGUACGCCCCCAGUAGUAAUAAUGGAGAAACAACCAGCUCAGUGUCAGAGAAGAGUGAACCCUACUCAGACGGCCAGUAUUCGGAGGAACCUCAUAAACCAACAUUGGCCACUUAUUUGAUAGACGAAGAACUCGAUCAAGAGUACCAAGAUAACGCUUUACCCGAACAGUCUAAUUAUAUGGAAGAUGUAGAGCCUGGACAUUCAGCGUUAGAUGGGAGACCUCACCUGUCACGUGGUCAUUUCCAGAAAAGAAACGGGUAUCUAGGUAAUCACCACCGGCUAGGCGACAGAGAAUCCCCCAGGAACAUCUACCAAAUCGAUGAAGCUUUCCCCAGCAAUGAACUACGACGAAAUGCAUAUAACAAAAGUAUCGGUGAAAUGAUACCGGUGAACUACAGUAGGGUUCCACCUCCAGUACCCAGUAGGACAGCAGCCAGUUCAGGUACAGAACUGGCCUACAUUGUACCCCCUGACCCCACCAGGAGUCCACCAAUGCUAUCGACUUUCAAUGCCAAUACGGACUACUCGACCUCCGUACCUGAUGAAUCGUAUUCGGGGGGACUGACGGUAAGGGACCCGCUUGACAACAUGGUUUGAUCCUUGCACUCCUCGUAAAUGUUGAUAAGGUAUUGUGCAACAGGAAGAAACGGUACUAUGGGUAAUAGUGAUUGUAAUUAUGUAAUAAACGAAACCUUUAAACCUUGCAUAACAGGAACAACUGGAUUAUUGAUAAAAAUAGACCUAGCUGAAGAGACAAUUGAAUAGUGGAAGGGUAGUGGAAACAAUGUGUCUUCUGUUGGCGUUAGUAAUUUACCACCAUAUGUGUUAGAAAGCAAAUAUUGUGUUGUCAUUCAGGGUAUUGUUUGUUUUGUCAUUUUGGGUGGAAUAUAUUGUGUUAAUGAUGACAAUGGUGUUGUAUUAUCUUAUCCUGCACUUCAUUAUCCUGCUUUUACCAUGAUAACCCGUGGAAAAGAUUGUGUACUUGUUAAUAAUGACUUUACCAUAGUAACCCGAUAAUUCUGGUUGUGUACCAUCCUAACCUGUGGAAGAGACAAUGUACUUGGUGAUCCUGGUUGUAUACCAUCCUAACUUAUGGAAGAGACAAUAUACUUCAUGAUCUUGGUUGUACAACAUCCUAACUUAUGGAAGAGACAGUAUACCUGAUGAUCGUGGUUGUUACCAACAUAGCCUCUGGAAGAGACAAUGUACAUGAUGAUCCUGGUUGUACAACAUCUUAUGGAAGAGACAAUGUACUUGAUGAGUCUGGUUGUACAACAUUCUAACCUCUGGAAAAGACAAGUUACUUCAUGAUCUUGGUUGUACAACAUCCUAACUUAUGGAAGAGACAAUUUACUUGAUGAUCCUGGUUGUACAACAUUUUAACUUAUGGAAGAGACAAUGUACUUGAUGAUUCUGGUUGUACAAC